UUUCGAUGCUUUGCGUAAGCAAAACAUCUCACGGAGAGAAAGGGCAGCCGCACGCGCUCGAGCUCGAGUUCUAGGGUUUCCCCGCCGCCUCGCGGAUCUUCGUCCUCUCGCCGCUGGGUGACUCCCAGUUAGUUAAAUUGAAAAUGUCAGAAAUAGAGGAGUACCGGUGCUUUAUAGGCAGCCUCUCAUGGUCAACAACUGAUGAAGAUCUGAAGGAGGCAUUUCAAAAGUUUGGUCAAAUCACUGAGGCAAAGAUUGUUGUUGACAAGUUUUCUGGUCGUUCCCGUGGAUUUGGCUUUGUCACUUUUGAUGACAAGGGAGCUAUGGAAGAAGCUAUCGAAGCCAUGAAUGGGAUGGAUCUGGAUGGGCGAUCUAUUCUUGUGGAAAGAGCUCAACCACAAGGUCCUGCUAGCAGGGAUCGUGAUGGUGGGCGUGACUUUGAUCGAGAUCGAUCUCGUGGGCGUGGUCGCGAUUUUGGUGGUAGUGGACGAGGUUCAAAUAGUGGUGAUUGUUUUAAAUGUGGCAAGCCUGGUCAUUUUGCUAGGGAAUGCCCUUCUGGUGAUGGUGCAAGAGGGGAUGGGUAUGGUGGCAGAGAUGACAGGUAUGGGGGUAGUCGUGGCAAUAAUAAUCGAUAUGGUCCUGACCGGAAUGGUGACCGAUAUAGUGGUCGUAGUAGGGAUGGAGGAGGCCGUGGAGGUGGGGGCAUGGGAGGUGAUCGUUAUAACCGUGAUCGAUCUGGACCAUAUGAACGCCCUAGUGGAGGCAGCUACAGAUCCUGAUCCCAUUGCUGCUUAUGAUCCAGUCAUGGAGCUAGUUUGAUACCAGUACUGGUGAUUAAGGUGGUAGUUGGCCUUGUUACUCGCUUUAGUUAUGGUGUUCUAUGGUACUCUGCUUUGCAUCUGUCAGGCAUGCUACUUUGGUGCUACUUCAGGGCUUGGAUGCCACUGGUUAUAUGAUAAAUGUUGCUAUAAUACAGUGCCCUGUUCUUUCUGGAAAUUGCUGCUGCUUGGUGCUUUAUCGUUUGUGCGUUCCCCAUGUUGGAUUCUGUGCUUUAGUAAGAUCCUUAUCA